GGACUCCGCAGAAUGCUAACGUUAACGUUAAAACGUAAACGACAAAAUUUGCAAUUUACUCUUUAAAGAUAUAGAAACCAAUUUUAGGUAAGGGGUGAAGUCCUCAUCCCCCAUAGCUAACGAGAACGCAAACAUGGCGAACACAAAAACAACAAACACCCACAAUCAAACAAACCCCAAUGGUAACCUCAUCACUGCAACAAACGAUGAGCAUCUCAGAGGCAUCUUUCAUCAAAUCAGAACUUCAAAAUCCCCUGCUGUCAUCAACUUCGGUGCAUCUUGGUGUCGUGUUUGUGCGGAUAUUCUCCCUUCGUUCAACCACUUAAGCAGCAAGUUCCCAAAACUUUCUUUCGUGUACGCAGACAUCGACGAAUGCCCAGAAACAACCCAACAUAUUCGAUACACGCCUACGUUCCACUUCUAUAGAGACGGUGAACGGGUUGAUGCCAUGUUUGGUGCCGGUGAAGAGAGGCUGCACGACCGUUUAUGGUUACACUCCUAACUAAAAUAGCUUAAACCAAAUGUUGCAAUGCAAGUCACUUUUAUUUAUGUAAUCUUCAUAACAUAAACUAUUUUAAAUCAAAUGGAAUUGCUUUAUAGUUUAUAUAA